CCUACGAAGAGGGUUGUUAGAUAGACUAUAAAAUAAACGAACCAGUGUCAAUUUGUAACAAACGAGGUAUUGGUUGAUAGGCGAACGUAGGAAUGCAUUAACUCACGAUGUAAUAUGUUUACUGUGCUUUUAAAACAAGACAUGUAAAAUAUUAAAUAGAAAUGUGGAUUUCUUCGUGAGUUUUCCGUGGAGAGAAGGUUGAGGUUCUGCAAUGCUGAUACACACUCCUGUCAGAAACAGAAAGGUUACCAUGGGUCAUACGGUGUUUCUUAGAUGGAUUUACCUGGCUGUUUUCCUGAUCAUCACUACUGUCCAGACGGGAGCGAGCCAGUCGCAGACGGCCUACUUCCUUCCUGAAUUUGCGCUGUCGCCCCAGGGAAGCUUUCUGGAGGACACGACGGGGGAGCAGCUUCUGACCUACCGCUCGGACGAUCAGGCCUCCAGGACCACGCGGUCAGACGAGGACAGGGAUGCUGGCUGGGACGCCUGGGGCACCUGGAGCGAGUGCUCGCGCACCUGCGGAGGCGGGGCCUCCUACUCGCUACGCAGAUGUCUGAACGGAGGAAGCUGCGAAGGCAGAAAUAUCCGGUACAGAACGUGCAGCAAUAUGGACUGCCCAAAGGAGUCCGGGGACUUCCGAGCCCAGCAGUGCUCUGCACAUAACGACAUCAAGUACCAGGGCCAGGCUCAUGAGUGGGUGCCCGUCGUCAACGACGCGGUCGCGCCCUGUGCCCUCAAAUGCCAGGCGCGGGGCAAGAGCCUGGUGCUGGAGCUGGCGCCCAAAGUUCUCGACGGCACGCGCUGUCGAACGGACUCUCUCGACAUGUGCAUCAGCGGGAUCUGCCAGGAGGUGGGAUGUGAUCGGCAGCUCGGGAGCAACGCCAAGGAGGACAACUGCGGCGUCUGCGCUGGCGACGGAUCCACCUGCCGGCUGGUCCGAGGGCAAACCCUGUCGCACGUGUCACCGGACGAACCCAUCAAGACCGUCAUUGAAAUUCCUCAAGGAAGCCGGAACCUGAGGAUUACAGCCAAGGGACCUGAUGUCAUCAUUGUGGAGGCGCAGACGGUCCAGGGGAGGCGGGAGGAGCACGUCCUGAGCGUUCCGGGAUGGCAUGUCCUGGGAAACACCAGCGUGGAGUUCCAGCGCGGCGGCCCAGACAGGCAGACGCUGCGCAGCCCCGGGCCCCUGGCAGCCGACUUCACCAUCAAAGUGAAGUAUGUGGCUCCGAGAGACACCAUGCUGCAGUUUAUGUCCUACCAGCCCAUUCGCUAUCAGUGGAGAGAGACAGACUUCUUCCCCUGCUCAGUGACCUGCGGAGGUGGCUACCAGCUCAACUCAGCCGACUGCGUGGACAUCCGCUCCGAUAAAGUGGUGCCCGAGCACCACUGUGAGAGUUACCCUGAGAACACCAAGCCCAAGCCCAAGCUGAAGGAAUGCAACAUGGACCCCUGCCCAGAGAGUGAUGGCUUCAAGGAGGUGAUGCCCUACGACCAUUUCCAGCCCCUGCCACGCUGGGAGCAGAACCCGUGGACCAUGUGCUCGGUGACGUGCGGCGGGGGCGUGCAGGAGCGCAGCGUGGUGUGUGUGGAGGAGGACGUGCACGGCCAGUUCUCUCAGGUGGAGGAGUGGAAGUGCACACACUCGCCCCCGCCGCCCACCAAGCAGACCUGCAACACCUUCAGCUGCCCACAGUGGAAGGCCAUGGAGUGGUCCCAGUGCACGGUGACCUGUGGCCGUGGGUUGCGUUACAGAGUGGUGCUGUGCAUUGACCACCAGGGGCAGCACACGGGCGGCUGUAACGCUCGGCAGAAACCCCACGUCAAGGAGGACUGCCUGGUGCCCAUCGCCUGCCACAAGCCACGAGAGAGUCUUCCAGUGGAGGCCAAGCUGCCCUGGCUCAAGCAGGCCCACGAGCUGGAGGAGCCGAAGGCCGCCUCGGAGGAGCCCACGUUCAUCCCGGGCCCCUGGUCUCCCUGCAGCACCAGCUGUGGGCCGGGCCUGCAGAAGCGCUGGGUCAAGUGCCGCGUGCUGCUCUCCUUCACGCGGGCCGAGGUGGACCUGCCGGACGAGGAGUGCGACGGCGACAAGCCGCCGCAGCAGAGGCAGUGCGAGCUGGAGUCCUGCACCGGCUCGCAGGCGCCCCCUCAGGGCCGGGACCGGCAGCACGGCCCGCAGUGGGGCUACCGCAAGUUCAGCCCCUGCUCCAAGUCCUGCGGCGGAGGCACCCAGAUCUUCGUGGCACGGUGCCUGAGUGGUGGGAAGGUGGUGAGCGCCGGCCUGUGCGACAGUGCCAGUCGUCCGCGGGUGAUGAUGCGGGUGUGCAACCCGGAGCCCUGCGGCGCGAGCUCAGACGGACGGCCCACAGGUUUCCUGUCCAGAUUAGGCCGCCGCAGCCCAGUCAGAGCAGAGCAGCAGAGCAGCAGGGCCGCGGGCCGAGAUGGCCCACCAGCCUGGGAGACCGAGGACUGGCAAAAGUGCUCCCACACCUGCGGCGGAGGCAAGCAGUCCCGGAAGGUCUACUGCAAGCAGCGGCUGGGCAGCGGAAGCUUCCAGAAGCUGAAGGACGCGGCGUGCAAAGGGGCGAAGCCCGUGGCUCACCGGCCGUGCGCCACGGACGACUGCCUGACUCCCCGCCUGGAGGGAGGCGAGUGGUCCAAGUGCUCUGUAACGUGUGGCACGGGGGUGCAGCGGCGGGAGGCGGUGUGCCGCAGACAGACGCCCUCUGGGCAUCAGGUGACCCUGAGCAGAGCCGUGUGCAGCGGGAUGACCCCGCCGCCCCUCAUCAGGAGCUGCCGCAUGGGACCCUGCAAAAAAUAUCGGGCGCCUGUGAAGAAGACCUGCCCCACCAUCCUGAGUGACCACCGCACCUACAUCCAGACGCGGCCGGAGAAGCGGCUCCACUUCACGGUGGGAGGCCGCGCCUACCUGCUGCCCAAGACCUCGGUGGUCAUCAAGUGCCCGGUGAGGCACACGAGCAAGUCCACCAUCCACUGGCUGAAGGACGGCAAGGCCCUGCCCGGCUCCAAGCGCGUCGGCACCACCAAGUCCGGCGCCCUGCGCAUCUACAACCUGGAGGCGGCCGACAUCGGCGUGUACCGCUGCGUGGCCUACACCGCCACCGCGCGCUUCGUCCUCAAGCUCAUCGGCAGCGACAACAAGAUCCUGGAGCACCCGGAGGGGAAGGGCUUCCCGGCGGACGCCGAUGACCCGGUCGCCGCGCUGGGGGACAACUGGUGGUUGCCGCGCUGCACGGACAUGGACAUCCUGAUCCCGGGUUGGCAGCAGCGGAGCGAGUUCUACGUGCCCGAGGCGCAGUCCCAGGGCACGGGCGCGGACGCGGGCAAGGAAGCGGGCACGGGGCCCCUGCAGACCCUCGGCAACUCCGUGCUGAUCUCCAGGGGGGCUCAAGGGCCCGUCGUCCAGCUGCCGGACAGACGCUUGGAGGCCAGCGUGGGCUACGGGGCCUUCAGUCUGCUCCCGGCGCACUACGAGGAGCUGACCAAGAACAUGAGCGACCCGGAGCAGAACACCGGCGCAGCGCACGACAAGCCGAGCGCCCAGCCCGACCGCAAGUCCGGCGAGGAUCCGUCCGACCCGCGGACGACGAGCAAGAAGGCCGAGGGGCCGGCGGGCGAGGCCGGCAGCGGCCCGAGGGACAAGCACCAAGACAAAACGGUCAAUUCGUCCGAGCGUGCCGCGGACAAGGAGAGCAGGAGUCCCAAGAAGGCCUCCAUCACGCGGCACGAUCAGCACGGCCCGCUCAUGAGCUUCCAACGGGACCUGAGGAUACACAUCGGCAGGGUGGCCUAUCUGACCAACGCCACGCGCAGCCUCUCCCUGCUCUGCCCAGUCCACGGCGUGCCACCGCCCACCGUUUCCUGGACCAAGGACGGUGCCCCGUUACAGUAUAGAGAGAGGGUGCUGUGGCAGGACUCGGAGGGGCUGCACAUCUACAAGCCCGGCCUGGAGGACGCCGGCCUCUACAGGUGCACCGCCGCCAACGACCUGGGCUCCGACUCGGAGAGCUCCCAGCUCCACCUCGUAGAGUACCCCAAGAUCGCUCUGUCCUGGAGAAAUGUGUCUGACCUGAGCAGCUCUGCCGUGAGCGCCGUGGUGGGAGGCUGGAUCAGGGUGCGUCUGGGAGUCAACCUUAUGCUGGACUGCCCAGUAACAGGUGUCCCACAGCCAACGGUCAGCUGGCACAAGAAGGAGGGCGCGCUGAACGGCAACGCUCGACUCUUCGCCAACGGCUCGCUGCUGCUCCAGAACGUCACCCUCCAGAACUACGGAACGUACUCGUGCGUGGCCGCCAACCCAAUCGGAAAAUCCGCAGCUUCCAGCCACCUCCACGUGUCUGGAGCCACGCAGGCCUUGUCUGAGCACCAGGGAUCCGUGCCGAAGGAGGGAGGGCGGAAAAGAGUCCUCAUGGCGUCCCGUAUGGGAACCAGGGCCAUGGUCCGAUCUGGAGACAUCCUGCGCAUAGGGUGUCCGGUCGUUCCAAACCACAGAAGAGCCAUUAAGUGGUACUUCCAGAACCAGACGCUGGAGGAGGCCCAGGGCCUGCGGCACCGGACGCUGGUGGGGGGACGGGUCCUGGAGGUGAACACGCUGCACGGCAGGUUCGACGGACGCUACAGAUGCCAGACCCAGACGGACAGUCAGCUCCUCUCGGCCUGGGUCCACAUCAGUGUGGAAGAGUUCUCCUGGCAGCUGGGCGACUGGAGCGCGUGCAGUGCCACCUGCGGCAGCCGAGGGACUCAGACGCGGAAGCUCCGCUGCAUCAGUCCAGAGGACCGAGAGGUGCCCCCCUCCACCUGCCACCACCUGGCCAGGCCAGUGACCUCCCCCCAGGCCUGCAACGUGAAGGACUGCCCUGCCAGUUGGGUGUCCACCGUCUGGUCCAGGUGCUCCUCCACCUGUGGGCGUGGCUUCAGGCAGAGGCAGGUGUCGUGUCAGCAGGUGGAGGCUGCGGGGACCGUGCGCAUUCUGGCCCCGUCCAGCUGCGUGGCGUCGGCUCGUCCCGUGGACCGAGAGGACUGCGCCACGGACACCUGCGCCGAGUGGGUGACCAGCUCUUGGGGUCAGUGUGCAGGGCGAUGCCUGGGCCCGGGCGUGGCCGCUCAGAGCCGAUCGGUGAUGUGCAAGCAUCUCAACAGCUCGUCCAGCCCCAGAACAUCGUGUGAUCCCAAAGACAGGCCGCCGUCGACGCAAAACUGCUCGUCGGACGCCUGCGACGUCCACUGGAGGGUGUGGCCAUGGCGGAUGUGCACGGUGGCGUGUGGCAGCGGGUUCCAGUCGCGCCGCGUGGAGUGUGUCCAGCGCCGGGCCAACAAGACCCUGGCCGACCAGCACUGCACCUGGCUACGCCGCCCCGUCUCCUGGCAACACUGCAACAUCACGUCCUGCGGCAGUGAAUGCAAGGAUACCACCCAUUACUGUGCGGUAGUGAAACGUCUUCAGCUGUGCCUGGUGGAUCUGUACAGGCAGAGGUGCUGCGAGUCCUGUGCCGUCGACACUCACCCCAUCUAGUGGUCACUACUGAGACCUUCAGACUUUCAAUUCAAAAUGCUUCUAGAAUGUUCAGCUGCUGGCCUGGAAAGACACACCUGAAAAGAUGGAAAUGUUUAAACAAAACAAACAAACAAACAAACAAACAAGAGAAAACAAAACAAAAAAAACUACAAAAAAAAAAAACAGUCCCCUGUGACUGAAUUCAUCUAGAGGAUGUUUUGGACAUCUUUAUGUGGCUUGGACACAUUCGGAUCCACAGACUGAGUACCUUUUUUUUUUAAAUCUUGACUUAAUGUGCUUCUGACCACAGCUCUGCCACAACAUUGUAAACAUCCCCACACAAAUUUGGCCUGCAGUCUUAGCAAAACAGGAUCAGCUGGCCAGCAAUUACCAGAAGAAGAUAAUUUUUUUUUGUCUAUUUACUCCAUUCUUUUGUAAGAAGCAAUAACCAUAACAAUGUUUUGACAACAAUCUCUCAGUAGUGGUACAUAAAUAUUCUGUGUGUAUUAUUUGUAUUUAUAACAAAUGCAUCUGUAGUUGUAUCUAAACCUGGUCUGGAUUUAGAUCAGAAUCCUAUAGGACCAUUCACUUGUGUGAAGGGAGUUAAGUGGGUACAAAUUCAAUAUAAGGCACGAAGAUGCUGCUGUGAAUAUGAAAACAUCACUUGGUUGAAUGAUGAAGAUCCAAAUGUGAUCAAAGGACCUUUAAGAAAAACUUGGCAAUUGCGGGGGAAAUAUUUAUUUAUUUUUAUAUACGGAGGUAUUUUGACAGGAUACAGUUAAGUCUUUAUGAGAAUACUUACUAAGGGAUGUGUUCUUGUUGGACUCAGAAAGGAUUAUGUACAUUUUUUCAGACCCCCAUCAAUUUGUUGAGAGGUAACCAGUGAUGUAAUAGUAGUAGUCGUAGUUACAGUGCUUCUUAGAGCCAAGUGGAUCUUUUAGUUUUUUUUUUUUUCUACUGUGUUGUACCGGUGUGCUGCAUUGUAAAAUAUGUCUUGUAAAUAUUGUGUUUUAAGUGCAAUAUUGUGUACUGUAAAUUGAGUGUAGAUUUUUUUUGUUUUGUUUUUUUUUUACUUUAUUUUCUUACCCUCUGAUUUAGUGAAUGAAUUAGUUGUCUGUAUUGUGGUCAUGGUCAAAAAUAUUGGGAUAUGUUAACUUUUUAAAAAUAUGCAUACAAAGAAAGUGACAAGUACAUAGCCCUAAAAGCCCUUACCUGAAGAGUAGUUGUCAAAAACAUCCUACUGUAGUUGUUAAGACACCUUGUGUUCUGCAUUGGACAAUUUAUUGUGGUAUUAACUUGAAGUAUUAGUCCCUCAAAACAGGCAUCCUGCAAAAGCACAAAAGAAAAAUCCCUCUUCUUCUUGGCACUUAAGUUUACCUGCAAUGAGUUCAGUUGCACCCGCAGCGAUGUUUGUAACAGAAAAAAAAUGAUACAAAUUACAUUUUAAAAAAAAGAAAUAAA